AUGUCUGUACUUGGCGUCUCUUCCUACUUUCUGUGGACGCAGAAAGGCAAAACGGUUUUGCCAUUAGUUCGCGGAAGUGGAUUUCUUGUGUUAUUUCAGCAGCUUGGCGGUUUCUACAAGUACCACGUACUGAGUGCAGCUCACGUGACGUGCCCUGUCAGGUAUCGGCAGAUAUUUGGAGACACUAUUGGACUCCGGGCAAUUGGUGAACGCCACAUUAGCACAAAAUUGCUGAAACCAGGGAACAAUGGUAAGGUCGAAGCAUCACUCGAUCUAGAAUUUGCCCAGUCGUUCCUCCCCAAUGUGGAUGUCUCUUCUCUCAGGUGCGAGGAUGAAAAGCAGAUCAAUGAGCUUUGUUUGCUGCCGUUUGAAUUGGACGUGGAUCCCAUCAAAGAAGGCACGGAGCUCUUACUUUUUGGGAUGGAGGCUGUGGAAGAGAGGGCCAAUCCAAACGACGAUGGCCUACACCUGAAAGAUGCUUGCAUCAAGGGCGAGUGUAGGGCGGCCCUUGUCUCUCUUGACUACGGCACUGUCUUUCUGGCGUCAUUAGAAUCCCCUCUCAGUUUGAGUAUGUGUGGUGGGCCUGUUGUUCGGAAAGACAACGGGCGGUGUGUUGGUGUCAUUGUUGCUCAGGUUCUGAAAAACGCACCGCCAUCGGACCCUCAAGUAACUCCGUUGUACCGGGAUCCAUGGUUAGAUCUCUCUCAAAAUGAGACCAUUAACGCCUGUGGAAAAUUGGAUGUGGCGUUUGUACCUGUGCGUGAGGUAUACGAUGCUCUUCGGCGUUGCGAAAUGUAA